AUGGCGGCGGCGGCGCGGACGGACCCCGCGCAGGGCUGUGUGACCUUUGAGGACGUGACCAUUUACUUCUCCCAGGAGGAGUGGGGACUCCUUGAUGAGGCUCAGAGACUCCUGUACUACGAUGUGAUGCUGGAGAACUUUGCACUUAUAGCCUCUCUGGGACUUAGAUCUUUCAGGUCCCAUAUCAUUGCCCAGCUGGAGAUGGGGAAAGAGCCUUGGGUGCCUGACAGUGUGGAUAUGACUUUAGCCAUGGCAAGAGGGGCUUAUAGCAGGCCUGGCUCUGAUUUUUGCCAUGGAACACAGGGUAAGGAGUUACUUUCCGAGCAUGGUGUUUCCGUAGACGUGUCACAGGACAGGAAUUCCAACGUAGCUGUCUCCACCCAGAAGACCUGCUCCUGUGACAUGUGUGAUCUACACUUGGAAGACAUAUUACACCUGACUGAACACCAGACAGCACAUCCCAGGCAAGAAGCAUGUGCGUGUGAGGCAUAUGGAAAAGGGGCCGAGUUCAACGCAAACCUUCCCCAGCAACGAGUACAGCAGAAUGUCGACAAAUCUAUCCGCAGGAAGGAAGGCAGGGUCUCAUCUGUGCAGACCUGCCAAGAUCACACAUCAGAGAAGGUUUCCACAUGCAAAGAAGGUGGGAAGGACCUUGUGGCCACAUCAGGCUUUCUGCAGCAUGACAUCAUUCCCAGAGUGGGGGAGCCAAACAAGAGCCCCGAAGGUGUGGUGGAUUGUCACACUGCACAAAAGCAUAACAAGUGCAGUGAAUUUGGGGAUGCUCUCAGUGACAAAUCCACACUUGUUCGGCACCAGAGAAUUAACACUGGAGAAAGGCCUUAUGAGUGCAGCAAAUGUGGGAUAUUCUUUAGCUAUGCUGCUGGCCUCACUCAGCACCAGAGAGUUCACAAUAAAGGAAAACCUUAUGAGUGCUGUGAAUGUGGGAAAUUCUUUAGCCAACACUCCAGUCUUGUUAAACAUCAUAGAGUUCACACGGGUGAAAGCCCUCAUGUGUGCAGUGACUGUGGGAAAUUCUUUAGCCGAAGCUCCAACCUCAUUCAACAUAAGAGGGUUCACACUGGCGAAAAGCCAUAUGAGUGCAGCGACUGUGGGAAAUUCUUUAGCCAGCGCUCCAACCUCAUUCAUCAUAAGAGGGUUCACACUGGUAGAAGUGCUCAUGAGUGCAAUGAAUGCGGGAAAUCCUUCAACUGCAACUCCAGCCUAAUUAAACACUGGAGAGUUCACACUGGCGAAAGACCUUAUAAGUGCAGUGAAUGUGGGAAAUUCUUUAGCCACAUCGCCAGUCUCAUUCAACAUCAGAUAGUUCAUACUGGUGAACGGCCCUAUGGGUGCAGUGACUGUGGGAAAACUUUCAGCCGAAGCUCCGACCUUAUGAAACAUCAGAGAGUUCACACCGGUGAGCGGCCUUAUGAGUGCAGCGAAUGUGGGAAAUUGUUUAGCCAAAGCUCCAGCCUCAAUAGCCAUCGGAGACUUCACACUGGUGAACGGCCUUAUCAGUGCAGUGAAUGUGGGAAGUUCUUUAACCAAAGCUCCAGCCUCAAUAACCAUCGAAGGCUUCACACUGGUGAGCGGCCUUACGAAUGCAGUGAAUGUGGAAAAACCUUCAGACAGAGGUCCAAUCUGAGGCAGCACCAGAAAGUUCACAAACCAGAUAGGCCUUAUAAGUGUAAUGACUGUGGGAAAGCCUUCAGCCAAAGACCUACCCUCAUUCGGCAUCAGAAAAUUCACACUAGGGAAAGGAGUGUAGAGAUUGUGCUUCCUUCAAGUUCAAUACAACGGCACACACCAGAGAUAACCUCUGAGAGCAGACUUUAUGAAGGAGCUGUCAGGCAGAAGUUGAAUCUUGUCCAUCCAAAUAUCCACAUGGGAGAGUCCCUGUGAAUGCUAGAUAUGUUGGAAGCUUUCUGGAGCUAAGUUGCAUUUUCUGACCAUGGAUUUUAUCAGAGUUUUGUCACUGCUAGGGUUUGUGACAUAAGCAUCUCAGCACUACCCACUGGCAGAUCUCCAGAGUAUGUGUUGGUCCUCUGCUGUGAUCAGG